AUGGCGUCCUGGAACUCGACCGUUGUGUUUCCCAACCAAACCUCCACCGCAACCUACCUCGGUGUGCUCGACGAUGUGAGCAAGUACAACGUCCAGCUCAACGCCAUUGAGCGCCUCUGGGCGGCGUGGUAUCUGUGGAUGCAGAACGAUAUCAUCGCCACGGGUAUCAUGACCUUUGUCAUGCACGAGGUCGUAUACUUUGGUCGUAGUCUGCCAUGGAUCAUCAUCGACGCCACUCCCUACUUCCGCAGAUGGAAGAUUCAAAAGGCACCUGCUAACCCCGAGCAGCAAAAAAUCCCAACGUGGAGAGAGCAGUUCGAAUGCGGCGCCCUAGUUCUCUUCAGUCACUUCACCGUCGAGCUCCCGCAAAUCUGGUUCUUCCAUCCCAUUGCCACCUGGUGCGGCCUCGACUACGGCGUGCCCUUUCCCCCUUGGUGGAAGAUGGCCUACCAGAUCGCCAUCUUCUUCGUUCUCGAGGACACCUGGCACUACUGGGUGCACCGCGGCGCCCACUGGCCUCCCCUCUACAAGGCCGUCCACAAGAUGCACCACUACUACUCGGCCCCCUUUGGCAUGACGGCCGAGUACGCUUCCCCGAUCGAGGUCAUGUUCCUCGGCCUUGGCACCGUCGGGUCUCCCGUCCUGUGGGUCCUCAUCACAAAGGACCUGCACCUCUUCACCAUGUACCUCUGGAUCGUCCUGCGGCUGUUCCAAGCCAUUGACUCGCACUCUGGCUACGACUUCCCCUGGUCCCUGAGGCACUUCCUUCCCUUCUGGGCUGGCGCCGAACACCACGACGUCCAUCACGAGAAGUUCAUCGGCAACUACGCGUCUAGCUUCCGGUGGUGGGAUUAUAUUAUGGACACCGAGGCCGGCGCGGAAGCCCACCAACGCAGGCGCGAGAAGAAGGCAGGCAAGGCCAAGAAGGUUCAGUAA